AAAAUUUCAUUCGAUAUUUAAGUAAGUAUCUUAUUAUUAUAUAGUCAAUUGCAUAUGAAUAUUUGUAAGAUAAAGAUCGUUCGCUGCAGUUUAUUUUAAUAUUAAUACGUAGCAAAAUGUUAGGUGGUAAAAUGCAAGGUCUUACAAAAGAAUCUCUGAAAAAGAAUUCUAUGUUAUUGCCACUAUUUUUCUGCAUCGGAUUUGGAGCAUUUGCUGCCACAGGUUAUUUAUUACGCCUUGCACUCCGAAGUCCUGAUGUUACGUGGAAUACUAGAACCAAUCCUGAACCAUGGAAUGAAUAUAAAGACAAAGAUUAUAAGUUUAUUAACAUUCGUGAUACAACUAAGUAUAGAGCAACACCUCCACAAUAUUAAAUAUUAAAAGCAUAUAUUAAGGUAGUCUUAAAGAAAAUAAUUAAGAAAUGUAGAAAUCAAAUUAAUUUAUACUUUAUAUUAUUUUAAAUUAGAUUAAUUUAUUGUUAAUGUCAUUAAAAUAUUUUACAAAACUUGUAUUGUAAAAAAUUAAAUAAUAUUUAAGAAAUAAAAAUUUAAAUAUCAAUAA